AAUGGAUUAUUUUAGUUGUGUAGAUCCCUCUUUCAUUUCGCCUUUAUGCGCCUAAGGGCGUUCGAACGGCGUCGUUUAGAACCCUCGGACUUUCCACAUCUGACUGUUCUUCGCCCUCCGUCCUUCCAAACCAAAAGUCGCCGAUCAAUCAACUUUCACAGCGACAGAAGAGUUGAUUAAAGAUGAUAACUCGAUCUUCAUCUGGAGGUGGAUUCAACAUCGCCGCCGUUACCAAGAAGAUCGAUGUAGACAAUCGAAUUUCUCUACGCUAUUACCACAGAAUUGCCGAUAAUAUUCUCAAGCAGGCUGACAUAUUUCGUGAAGAAAAGAAUAUUAUUGACCUCUAUGUUAUGCUCCUUAGAUUUUCAAGUUUGGUGACUGAGACGAUACCUUGCCAUAAAGAGUACAGAACAUCUCUACAGAGCAGUAAACUCAAUCUCAAAAGGAAAUUGAAUACUGCAAUGACUGAGCUUGAGGAAUUGAAACCUGCUGUUUCAGAAAAACUUCAGGAGAUGCAAUAUAAACACAUUUAUCAACUUCAUAAACAGCAGAAAUCUCAGCAAAGUCAAACUUUAGAACCGUCAGUUGAAUGGCCUCUUGUUAGACCAAACCUGAACAAGUUUAGUAUAAAACAGCCUGUAACUAACCAAUAUGGAUAUCAAGUUCCAAAAGCAUUCUCACUUAGCAAACCAACUGGAGAACAUCUCCAAAGAGUACCAUUGAGCAUUCCGCGCGCAAAGGAGGAAACUCUUUCAAAACAUUCUAUUUUGGGCCCAAAUGGGCUUCGUGGGCAGUGGCAGGGUCCAACUCACUACAAGGUUCAGUAUCCAAGUAAUUUAGACUUCACUCCUGUACAGAUCACAGGGGUUAAUAGCACUCAGAAUUCUACUGAGGAUGGGAUUGUGAUGAAAGAGGAAAAUGGCGGCUCAAAACAAGAUAAAUCAAGCUUGGAAUCUGUAGUUCCGCCAAAAACUGAUAGCCAACAGAUUGAAGAAUCUAUUUCCCUCAUAUCUUUUGAAGAUGACAGUGCUUCACAAAGUGAGGUAAUUAGAGAACCUUCUCCCCCACCUGUUCUAGCAGAGGUACAGGAUUUGAUUCCAGCCUCAACGCCAGAGACUCAAACAGAAAGUGGGUUGGUAAAUGCUUCUGAUGAUGCUUUAGUAUGUUCCGAGGAUCCCCUACAGUUGCACAUACCAACCGAACUGAUGAACAGUUUUAUGAAGCUAGCAAAGUCAAACACCAAUAAGAACUUAGAAACAUGCGGUGUCCUUGCAGGUUCCCUCAAAAACAGGAAAUUUUACAUCACUGCUCUUAUUAUUCCAAAGCAAGAAUCAACUUCAGAUUCGUGUCAGACCACAAACGAGGAGGAAAUAUUUGAAGUGCAGGACAAGCAGUCUCUUUUUCCCCUUGGAUGGAUUCAUACACAUCCUACACAAUCUUGUUUCAUGUCAUCAAUUGAUGUACAUACACACUACUCUUAUCAGAUCAUGUUGCCAGAAGCCAUUGCCAUCGUCAUGGCACCAAGGGACACUUCAAGGAAGCAUGGCAUUUUCCGGUUGACUUCAGGUGGCAUGACCAUCAUCAGGCAUUGCCCGCGGCGGGGUUUCCAUUCCCACGAUCCUCCUUCCGAUGGUAGCCCGAUAUACAGACAAUGUACAGAUGUUUAUAUGAACCCUAAUCUGAAAUUUGAUGUCAUUGAUCUACGUUGAUUACUCUGGCCUUUAGUGGUGUUUGAUAUAAUGCUAAUUCAUGAUAUAUCAUUGAAGUACAUUGUGCUGUGUGUGGAUUUUGACUAGCUAAAUGUUUGUAAAAAUUGAAUUACCAUUGCCUAAGAAAUUGUUUGAUUGGGUAGCUAAA